ACUUCAACCAUCUCACGACCACGCAGCCGUCUUUAUCUUCUUAUACGCGACAAUCUCGAGUCGAACGAAUCGCGACGAAUAAUUGACAAGAUGGAGGGCCUUCUCUUCAACGUCAACAACGGCUACGUCGAGGGCAUUGUCCGCGGCUACCGCAACAGUCUGCUCACUGGCCCAGCCUACAACAACCUGACGCAAUGCGAGACCAUCGAUGAUCUCAAGCUUCAGCUCGGUCCUGCUUAUGGCGACUUCCUCGCCUCUCUCCCUCCUAACCCUUCGACGUCCGCCCUCGCAGCCAAGACCACCGACAAGCUCAUCUCAGAAUUCCGAUAUGUUCGUGCUAAUGCUGUUGGAUCGCUUGCCACCUUCAUGGACUACGUCACCUACGGCUACAUGAUUGACAACGUCGCCCUUCUCAUCACCGGCACCCUUCAUGAGCGCGACACCCGCGAGCUCCUUGAGCGAUGCCACCCUCUCGGCUGGUUCGAGACUAUGCCCGUCCUCUGCGUUGCCACCAACAUUGAGGAACUCUACAACAGCGUGCUCAUUGAGACCCCUCUUGCUCCCUACUUCAAGGGCAGCCUGAGCCACCAGGACCUUGAUGAACUCAACAUUGAGAUUGUCCGAAACACUCUCUACAAGAACUACCUCGAGGACUUUUACAACUUUGUCAACACUCAUCCUGAAAUGGCUGGCACUCCCACCGCCGAGGUCAUGUCCGAGAUUCUCAACUUCGAGGCUGACCGCCGAGCCAUCAACAUCACCCUCAACUCGUUCGGCACUGAGCUGUCCAAGCAGGAUCGUAAGAAGCUCUACCCCAGCUUUGGCAAGCUGUACCCCGAGGGAACCUUGAUGCUCUCCCGAGCUGACGACCCUGAGGGUGUUCGUCUCGCCGUGGACGGUGUUCACGACUACAAGACCUUCUUUGACGCCAUCUCAGUUGGUGGUGGUCCUUCGGGACCUGGCAACAUGGGUGGCGGUUCCAGUGAGGGCCGAACCCUGGAAGACAUGUUCUACCAGAAGGAGAUGGAGAUUUCCAAGAGCGCCUUUACCAGGCAGUUCACUCACGCUAUUGUCUAUGCUUGGGUGAAGCUAAGGGAACAGGAAAUCCGCAACAUUACCUGGAUCGCCGAGUGCAUAGCCCAGAACCAGAAGGAGCGCAUUGGCAACUACAUCUCCGUCUUCUGA